GACAGACAUUAUUGAGGUCUAUCAAAAAUCAACUUACCGUGCUGACUUUCAAUCUGUUGACCUGUUUGAGAUGGGUGUACGAGUGCUGAAUCAUUUCAGAUUUGCUGUGAAAACUAAAAGAGACGCACAUGUUUUACUACAGAAUAAACGGACAGAUUUUACAAGAUAGAUACAUAGUAAUUAUUGCUGGUUGGGGUGGUGGAAAGUCUGUUAUACAUUAUGCUGGAAAGGGUGUUGAAUAUUUACAAACUGGAUUAGUAUCGGCAGAUACAUUUACCUGGUUUUGGAUAACAUGGAAUUCAAAAAAUAUUCAAGUUGGAAUGUCCGAGGAGGUUGGGAAGAAUGUGAUCUUAACAUACAAAGGUGAAAUAAUGAAAAUAAAUUAUGUAUCCAUAGGAACGGACUGGAGUACCGAUGCUUAUUGGCGUAUUCCAAAAGGUGAUCAAUACUACGGCUGUCCUGGUAAAGGAUGGGUCGGUCACAAAGGCUCUUGUUAUCUUGUUGUUCAGGAAGAACGUGACUGGAAUGGCGCAAAUGAUUAUUGUCAUAAAGAAGUUGCUGAACUUGCAAGUAUUAAAGAUGAAAAUGAGCAGAGUUUUCUCUUUAGUCAACUUCCUCAAGGUAGUUAUUGUUUCAAUAAAUUUCACAAUAAUACGAUGUGUGACAAAUGGGCAGAGUACGGAGAAUGUGAACGGAACCCGGUGUGGAUGGCCACAAACUGUCACCUUGCUUGCAAACAUUGUAUGCACAAUUGUAGGGACAUACAUCAAAGCUUCAAGUGUUUGGAAUGGGCAAAGCAAGGCGAAUGUGCACGAAACCCAAAAUGGAUGCUUAAAAAUUGUGCCAUGUCAUGUGGAGUUUGUCAAGGAGCACCGACACGAGGUUACUGGAUAGGUCUGCAAAGCACUGGAAUGGACCAAAGUUACAGAUGGUCAGAUCAUAGUGAAGUUACAUAUACGAAUUGGAACACUCAUCAGCCCCUUUGGUUUAACCUUCGACCUCGAAGCUGCGUCGCCAUGUUCAUGCAAAAUGGCCAAUGGAAUGAUGGGCAGUGCUCUGAUCCUCUCCCAGGAUUUAUAUGUAAACGGUCAAAGAUGCUGUUGUCCAUAACAACGCAAUCACCAUUCAAAGAAGGCUGUUCUAUGGAGAAUGGGUACGGAUAUGGAGUGUACUGUUACGUUUAUGUAAAGGAACAAAAGAGUUGGGUUGAUGCGCAGAAGAACUGCGUUUCCCAAGGAGGUACAUUGGCCUUUGUCGGAGAUGCGUACAUACAGGCGUUUGUUGCUAGUGAACUGCAAAACCAACUACAAGAUUAUUGGAUAGGACUGUCGGUUACAAAUGGAAAUUGGUCUUGGGAUGGAUACCAAAUGGACGAUAUCAGGCGGACACUGUUACACUUGGAUCGGAAUGUAAAAGUUGAUGAAGUUACAGGCGGCUGUUUUGCAAUGUCAGCUAAAAAACCUAUCGGAUUAUGGAAGCUACACACCAACUGUUCUUCUGAAUUACCAUCAGUAUGUCAGGUACCAAGACCUGGAUUCACCACCACGACUCCUCCAACAACAGUAUCGUCAACUGAACCUCUUCCACCUUGCGAAGAAACCUGGCAAUCAUAUGGGCAAUAUUGCUACAAGGUAUCUGAUGAAAGACAACAAUGGCACGUGGCACGAGAGAUAUGUAAACACUAUGGUGGUGCAAUGGUCAGAAUAAAUGAUGCUGAUGAAAACAAUGCUAUAACAAGAAUGAUUGAUCAUCACUGUUGGCUUGGUCUGCAUGAUACUGAAAGUGAAGGUGUGUUUGUUUGGGAAGAUGGAUCCCCGACUUUGUAUACCUUUUGGUACCGUAAUGAACCAAACAAUGCUGGUGCCGGCGAGGACUGUGCGACUAUUUCGCCAGGUGACGGAUAUUGGAACGAUUUAACGUGUUAUAUAGCUAAACGUUAUAUUUGCAAAAUACCAAGAGGAAAAAGCGUAAAUAAAGACCCGCCUAUGAUUAAUUCUCUCAAAGCAUGUGAUGAAAGUAGUCCCGAUGACGGAUGGAAAGUCUUUGGCGACUAUUGUUACUAUCUUGGUAAUGAUGAAACACUAACCUGGCAUGAGGCAAAUGCAAACUGUUUCAACAAAGGCAGUAAUUUAGCCAGCGUUCAUUCUGAAGAGGAAAAUCGUUUCUUACUGAGCAUGGCUGCACAGGCAAAUGAUGUGUGUUGGAUUGGUUUUAAUGACUUAGAUCUUGACAAUAGAUUUAGUUGGAGCGAUGGAUCCGUUGUUGAUUUUACACAUUGGGCAAGCGGGCAGCCAAAUGAUAUAUAUGGCGGAGAGAAGUGUGUCCCGAUUUACUAUGAUGGAUCAUGGCACGAUUAUCCAUGUAACGACCGAAAACCGUAUCUUUGCAUGAAAAGAAAAGAUAGUGAUACCAUGACAACAACAACACCAGCAAAAGUAGUAAUAAACGGAGGAUGUCCAGAAGGAUUCAACCACACAUUCGGCAACAAAUGCUUCUACUUCAAUUUUGAUGAACAAACAUACUGGGACCAUGCAAAAGAUAAAUGCGAAAUAAUACGAGGGCAUCUUCCAAGUAUUCACUCUGAAAACGAAAAGGAUUUUAUAGCUCUGCACGUUAAUGGAGUAUCUUCUUCAGUCUGGUUAGGAAUGCAGGAUUUAGAUACUGACGGUCAUUUUGAUUGGAGAGAUAAUUCGCCCCUGGACUAUUCAAACUGGGCACCAAAUGAACCAUCUAGCAAUCACUACGAUGCCUACGCAAAUGAGCUAUGUGUUGAAAUGUGGACAGAUGCUGGUAAUCUUGGUUUAUGGAAUGACGUAAAAUGCUCUGUUAGUAGAGGAUUUCUGUGUUCAACAUUUAAAGACCCUUCAAUACCCAUUCUGAGUGUAUGUCCUGACGGGUAUGUUUUACUGAAACAGAUAUGCUAUAAGUUGAUAACUGCAACACAGUCUUGGAACCAAAGUUUGCAGUCAUGCUCAAUUGAUGGUGCCCAAAUGAUUUCAAUUGUGAAUCCAGUUGAUUUCCUCGUGUUAAAGGUGUUGUUAGGCUCCGUCGACCUGACGACUGAAGUUUGGGUUGGGGGAACUUUAAACGACAACAAUUUGCAAUGGAAUGAUGGAUCGAGUUCAACUGUAUCUGUGCGAACUUCGAUACCCACAGGAUGUCUUUAUAGCCAGAGAAAUAUCUUGUCAAGUGCUGAAUGCAGCGAAAACCAUGCAGUUAUUUGUAAAAUAGAUAACAGUAUAAGUACAACCUCUUCCACUACAGUUGUUACAACCGUAACUGAUCCUUAUACUUACUCAUGCCGUGAUAAAUCUUGGAUACUCUACAAAAACAACUGCUAUACAACUGUUCUAGAAUUAACCAGUUUUCCAUACACAAAAUGUUCCGAUUACGGCAUGGCCCUUGCCAGUAUAAAAAGCGCAGACGAAGAGUACAACAUAACGACGCAAAUAUUACAAAGAUAUUCAUCGGAAAGAUAUCACGGCCAUUAUCCUUAUUUUUGGAUUGGGCUUACAUUGCUAACAGGGAAUGAGCCAGGAGAUACGUGGACAGAUGACAGCAAAGUUGUUUACUCUAACUUUGACAAGGAUGACAAUAACAAAAGACAGGGUUGUGUGUAUAUGGUGUUAUAUACACAACAGUGGCGAGUAGGGUCCUGUAUGGAUAAACAUUUUUAUAUUUGUAAAAGACCUGCAGAUAUCGCUGCUGUCCGGUUAAGAACAAGUCGAGCAGAAAAUUCAACAGUAUCGUCAACGCUAACAACAACAACACAGUUUAAAUUGCCACACAUUCAUCGAAGUAGUAAAAUGAACCGAGUUGCAGACGAUUCUGGUUUAACUGGGGGACAGAUCGCUGGCAUCAUUAUAGGUGUAAUUGGCCUAUUAGUGAUCAUUGGAAGCGUCGUGUACAUCAUAAAGUCAUGGACAUUCAAGAAAACCCCAUACAAUUUUCCAUCACCAUCACUUGGAUUUGAUAAUGCAUUGUUCCAUAAAAAUCAGGAGAGUGUUGACAUAAAUUAAGAUGUAUUACUUUGAGACGAACAUCAAAGAUAAAUGAGAACUUUUUAAAUUGAGAGAGUGUUAAAAUUGAGCGUAUUUAUAAUAUAAUGAGUGACAGGUCGAGAGAGACUUUUUUGUUUAUGUUAUAUUUAAAUAGAAUAAAGUCAAGUGAAUGAUUGUGUGAGAAAGAUUAUUAUAUCUUAUCGUAAUAAAUUUAUCAUACACUACAAA